UAGAUUUUUAUUUUUAUUUUUUUGUUAAAUAUAAUAACCCUCUUUUAUGCUCACUAAAUUGUAAUUUUAAGAAGAUAUCCCCAAAAAAUGUUGAUGUAAAGAUUACAAGUCCAUAAUUUUCCAAAUUGUUUAAUUGGAUAAAACUUGAUAAAUACUGAUAUGCAAAUAAUUAUCAUUACCCAGCGCUUCAAGACCAUGAAGACCAUAUUAGUAGAGAGUUUGCACUUAUAUCAGUGUUGCCAAGUCCCAGUCUUCCCGUGGAAGUGGGCUAAUUUAACACUGUUCCCGCAGUUCGUUUUUCAUGUCCGACUCCAAUGAAGAGACUCUGAUAACAUGAUAUUUAUCCCCUGUAACGUGAAUUUUAGCAGGGGAACCCACAAAAAAAAGUUUUUAUUUUACUCUCCCGGAAUGCGAUUUUUAACUGGAAAUCCCCUCGAAAUGUUUCUGGCCUAGUUUUGAUUAACGACUGGGCGGUGGGUUUUCUUCUGUAACCUGGCAACCCUGACUUAUACAUGCAUCAAGAGCUGUUAAUUUAAACAUAUUUUGAAAGCCAAAGCCCCACCUCACACCUCUAUCCCUAUCUGUCUACUGUCUCCACCUCUUGUGAUGUCACUAUUUAAUUAAAUAUUGGACUAAGUGAUAUUCUGCACGUACACAGGAGAGGAGAGGUGACGCUCUCCUCUCCUGUAGCAGAGCACCAGAUACUACACCCUACAAGUCUCGUCUCUCUCAUCUCCUGUUAAAACUCGCCACCUCUUUGGUUCCUCCUUCCCUGAUGCUGAAACAGACUUUCAGUGAAGAAGUCUCAUCAGAGUUCUUCAUGCUCAACCUCUUUUAAAGUUCUUUUGUACUUUUACCAUGAUCUCUUAGAUCGAAUCAAAGGGCAUCUGCAGAUUUGCAUCAACAUGGAUGAGUUCAUGGAGGACCACCACUAUGGAGACUCUCUCUUCCCAACCUCCACCCUAAUUCCUGUCACCACCAUUUGCAUCCUGCUCUUCGCCGUCGGCAUAACUGGCAACACCAUGACCAUCCUCAUUAUCCAGCGCUUCAAGGACAUGAAGACCACCACCAACCUGUAUCUCUCCAGCAUGGCCAUCUCAGAUCUGGUCAUCUUCCUUAGCCUCCCCUUCGACCUCUACCGCCUCUGGAAGUACGUACCCUGGGUCUUUGGGGAGCUGGUGUGCCGUCUAUCACACUACAUCAAUGAAGGAUGCACCAAUGCCACCAUCCUCCACAUCACAGUGCUCAGCAUGGAGCGAUACCUGGCCAUCUGUUUCCCUUUCAAAGCCAAAGCUGCCAUCACCAAGAGGAAGGUCAAAUAUGUCAUUCUGGCUCUGUGGGGUUUUGCCCUGCUGUCCGCUGCUCCAGUGUUCUUCCUGAUGGGGGUGGAGUACGAGAACGAGACGAUACCUGACCCGGACACGCGGCAGUGCAAGCACACACGCUAUGCCAUUGAAUCAGGGCUGCUGCACACCACCAUUUGGGUGUCGACCGCCUACUUCUUCUGCCCUAUGUUUUGCUUGCUCUUUCUGUAUGGAUCCAUCGGUCGAAAGUUGUGGAAGAGUCGUCAUGAGCUUCAUGGCCCCAAUGCGGCAGCCAGACAGAAGGUCAACAGGCAGACCGUCAAGAUUCUGGCUGUUGUUGUGUCGGUCUUUGCCAUCUGCUGGCUUCCUUACCACAUCGGUCGGUUCCUCUUCACACACGUGGAUGACUACCACUCUGCCCGGCUCAGUCAGGACUUCAAUGUGGCUUCCAUGGUGCUCUUCUAUCUGAGCGCCUCAAUUAACCCCGUCCUCUACAACCUUAUGUCCAACAAGUACCGCUCCGCCGUCAAACGCCUCUUCCUGUUGCCCCACGGGCGCCAUCACCGGCCCAACCAGAGGCAUACCUCGACCCGUGAUGACUUCACCAUGUGA